AGAUAGUCCAGGGUCUUGAAGCAAUACUACAUCAACAGAUCAAGCUUGGCGAGGAUGAUAUAUCGAUAAUGCAAUCGAUUAUACAAUGCCUAGAGUCAGACAUAUAGUGCGCCACUUCAGCUUUCGCCCCAAAGCUAAAGAUAUGGAUCGUAAGAAGAAACAUCGAAGCGGCCCGGGAGACGGUUCGUGCAGUUGGACCGUGGUAUCAUUGCUCACGUGUUUAUUGGCCAACGGGAUCGUCAUCACCACACAGACGCUCAACAAUGGUUAUUUCUCCCAUUCCACUAGGAAAAAUAUCAUGAUAAAUGAACAUAAAGACCUGUUUUGUCACAAAGGAGAAUCGAUGACCAAAUCAACCACUGCUUAUUCUGUGAAACAAGAAACACAUUAUGCAAAAGUAAAAGAUAACCCAAUUAUAAAGAAUGAAGACGGACCAAAUGUUCCGCCAACCAACAUGAAUAUUCUACAUUCAAAUGUAUCCGGGUAUGCAGAAAUAGAGAAUAUGUUUAACGCUGUAGUGCAAUAUACUCCGUUCGCGAUGAAGUUACUUCUCGCAGAUAGCUUUACAAUGGAUGAAUUAACGAAUGAAUUUAGGAAGUAUUCCAUUAUACACGAUAUGGAUGGAGAUCCAACUCGCAAUGAGAACCUGAACACCAUUACUGAGAACGCUACUGUUGAAACUACUGCUAUUGAUAGUGUUAAUCUUGUUAAUGGGGAUGUUUAUGUCAUUGACGUUUCACACCGUCCAACGAAGCGUACCACAAAAUUAGAGAUCUCAAACGACAUUGACUCUGAUUCAAGUGGACUCAAAAGUAACCACGAAGCUCUAAAUAAUGGCCGAAAGAUACAAAAACCGAAGAUACUGCACACUGCAAUAGAUGGCGAAUAUAUCCACUGUCGAGUUUAUACUAUGCAAACUAAACCACCAAAGAAUACUAACAAAUCCAAAAAGGAGCAGCGGACUACACGUUCUGCGCCUGUUGCUGGAAAUCUGAUGGCGUCUCCUGAUGUUAAUACCAGAUGUUUAGUACAUCAUUCUGGAGUAAAUGCUUCAGGAACAAAUGUUCCUGAAAGAGAGAGGAAAUUUGUCUCUUGCACGAGUGGAACAGUGCAAAAUGGCAUUUGGAGUCCUGCUGAAACUACAAACGAAAUUUUACCAGAAUUGGAUACCUUAACCAUAUUAUAAACAUUAGUGAAAUUUUCUUUUUCUACUUUUUCAUGUGCCAUAUACAAUUGUAUACCGGGAAAUAUUUUCGCCUGGGAUAGUGUUUUAGCGAAUUUCGAGAACAUAGCCACAACUGCCGCAAUUUCUGGCUAUGAAUCUGUUUUUUACGAAACAGGAACUGCGCUACAUUUUAUCUUGAUUUACAAAAUUCUAGUUGCUCCAGCAGAAAUAGCAGAUUAGAGAAUUAAUUUUCGCGAUCAAGUGACCAGUUCCAAUUAUUUCGUAGUGCUAUAUGGAUACAUUGACUCGAAAUGUCAAAGCAUUGGUGUCAUUAUAACAAAGAUAACGACUGCUAAAUUGACUCUUUCCAACAAAACAGUUGUUGCACCUGUCGUAAGACUGCCGUUGUAUCAACCAAUAAUCGCGAAAUUGAAAAU